AUGCCUGUUAAUCUAUAUGGGUUCAUCGACCUUCUGUCGCACUUCUAUCAAGAUAUUCAAGCCACGAAAGAGGAACUACCAGAGGAAGCUGUCAAACUCAUUGCCCACACUCUGAGCUUCGCUCGCUCGCGUCUCCAGGGAUCAAACAACAAGCAAUCGAUUCAGACGCAUCUCGGCGCACUGACAAACUUGAGCAAAGUUAUUGAUUCCGGACACCCGAUUGCACUAUUUGGGAUUGCAACUUUCGCCAUCUUUGAAGUAUGCUGUGGCUCGUUUGGCAAAUGGCAUCGUCAUUUGCAAGGUGCACGCUCUCUUCUUGACCUUCACUGUCAGAACAAGGCCGAGCUCGAUGGCCUUGCUGCUCGGGUUCCUGGCCUUGGAGAUGUCUUAGCCUACCUAGUAUGGUUCGAUGUUACAGGUGCACUGGUUCGAGGUGGAGACUUGUUAUUCGACGAUUGGCACCGCGGAAUCCUAUGCUCGAAUUUCUUCGACUCAGUGGGUUGCCCACCGGACACAUUUGAGCUCUUCGCACAUCUGGCAAAACGGAACAUCAGUCCCGGAAUUUUGGAUUUAAGUUCCAGGGCGAUGAAUCAGAUAUUAAAUGUAGAUGAUAGCGAUACGACAGACCGGGGACUGGCGGCCGCGGUGUACAGAUGCACGGGCGCGAUAGUGGCAUUUGGUCGCGCGGGAGAAAAUGGGAAUAACGAAGGCGUUGAUAUCUCGAAUCCAUAUUCGGACGCUUUUCUAAAGAUGGUCGACCGCGCAUGCGAUGUUAUCUCCAGGAUCCCCACAUCAUCAAGAUUCUACGUGCACCUAGCCAGUCCAGCCUAUUUAACCGGUAUGCACGCGACCACCACAAAACAAUGUGAGAUUCUGCGGGCCUAUUGGAGGAAUUGCCAGCUAUGCGACUUUCCGCGUUAUCCGGAUGCACAAGAACAAUGCGAGGAAAGAUGGAGGCGGAAAAUGAUCUGA